AGAGUGUUGGGCUAAACUGAGAUGGCCUGCCCUGCGAGCUUAGCCCACUUCUGCUGAGGCCCACCGGAGAGAGGUGGCCUCUUUCUCUCGCAGAGCCAUUUCAAAGCAGCAGGCACGCAAGGCUGCUCGUGACAGCACAGCGUGUGAACGUCACAGACCAGCUCGUGUGUUUGCACCUCCCCUCGUUAUGACCUGUACAAACCGUGUCCUCGCCUGAUGCAUCUCGCGUGUUGUGAGGAGUAAACAGAGUGACCUGUGGCCAGCACUUUGCACGUGGACAGCUUGGAACAAGCCCUUGGGAAGUGCUCACCGUCGCCCGGCCCAUGGCUGCUUGCGCCUGGGACCGUGUUUACCCCAAGCCUGUUUAUCACGGCCAUUUGCCUCCAGAUGAGGGGGACGUUGCCACAUGUUAGCUAGGGCAGUUUACUGUCUAGGCUGUUUUCUAAUCUGUAAAAUUGGGAUAACGAUAGCACCUACUUCUCGGAGUUGCUUCAAGGACGGAUUACUUGUGCAAGAGAGUCGGGCCUGUCCCUCGGGACUGGAGCUGCCCGCUGUGUUGCUGGAGAUGGAGCGGAGCCGGCGGGCCCAGGAACAGCUCCUGUGGGACUUGGAGCUGCUGACUGGGGCGGGGCUGGGCCUCUUCUGGCCCCCCCGGGCCCAGUUCUGCGGUCUGAGGGACCGGGCCCAGUGUGCAUGGAGCCAGCGCAGCAAGCCCCGUGGUAGGAUGGGUAGGGGCCCCGAGCAGCCGAACAGCUGGAGUUCCAGGCCAUGCCCAUUGCCUCAGGCUGGGGACUCCCUGAGCCAGAACCAUCAGCUUCCUGAGGGGGGGCUGGCGGUAGUCCCAUCAUCAGCCCUGGAUCUGGGUGAAGCUGCGAGUCACAGAGACCCAAGGCGGGCGAGCCCUGCUCUGCCUGCAGAGUCCACACCUGGCUGCCUACAAGAGCUGAACCCCACCACCAGCUUUGGGGACCCAGGAAGUUCUGAGUUCAAGAACCUGGCCCAGAGGGCAGAGAGGAGACAAGCAGGACCCACAACCCAGAGGCCCUGUCAACAGCCAUCCGUGAAUGUAGGCGGUCGAAAGCUCACUCAGGGAGCCCCAAGGCUCUCAGGCCUGCCCUCCUGGGGCCUGCCAGAACCCCAGGGUCCCCUGGAGGGGCUGGGCUGGAGCCUGGGCCGAGAGAGAGCAGAACUUCAGAAACUGCUGAGGAUUGAGAUUCCUCAGAGGCAGAGAGAGGGGGACCCUCAGGAGCAGAACGAAGAGAGCCCCCAGGGUCAGAGAGGGGAAGCCCCCCAGGGGGAGAGCAAAGAAGUUCCUUCGAGACACAGAGAGAAGACACACCAGGGUCAGAGUGCGGAGGCCACUCAGGCUCUGAGGGAGGAGGUCUCUGAGUAUCCCAGGUGUGAGGCUCCCCAGAGUGAGAGGAGAGAGUCUCCUCAAGGUCAAAGAGGAAAUAGCCCUAAGUGUCAGAGAACGGAGGUUUUCCAGGAGCCACAAGAGCCAGAAAUGAAGACCCUUCAGACUUCCCCAGGCCCUAACUGGGAGGUGGCUGAGGGAGAGGUGCCUACACAACCCCCGGAGGAAGGCGGCUCCCUGGGAAUUUCUAGGGAUCUCUGUAGGUCCCUGGGAGAACAGAUGCCACAGCAAAGGGGUAGGGAGAGCCCUGGCUCCGGGGAAAGGGCCGCCCAGCGGCGAGAGUCAGCACCGGGCGCGGGAGAGCAGAGGGCCGCCGGGGAGCGGGUACGGACUCCCCUUCCAUCCCCGAGGCCCCCGACCCGGUCGCUGCUCCCAAGCCCAGGGGCCGAGACGCUAGAGGCCCCAAGCACUGGGAGCUCGGGGCAGCAGGAGCGCCCCGCAGCUCCCCGGGGGCACCCAGGGCUGGUGCCCGACCCGCACGGGCUUCAGGACCGGGAAGAAAGCCCAGGCCCGGCGGAGCAGGUGCCGGGCGCCGGCGGGGAGCCGAGGGGCGACGCGGAGGCCCCCAAGGCCACGAAGGCCGCGUGGCCCUGGCCCCCGGGCAGGGAGAAGGCGUCGGCGGGCGUGAGCGCGAUGCAGCAGGAAACCGCUCUGCAGCGGCUGCUGGAGCUGCACCGCGCGGCCAGGCGCCGGCGGCGGCAGGAUCGCGAGCAGCAGCGGCUCCGGGUCUUGGAAUGCCUCUGCAUCGCCAGGAACCGCCACUGCCGGGUGCACCCUCUGGGGCCCCCACCCAGCCCAGCUCAGCUCCAGCCACAGGCAAGGCUCCCAGAAGGCGGUGGCGUCACCACUAUCUGGGCCAGGGCGGGGGGAACUGCACACUUGCACUGA